CGUCAUGUUGUCCAGAUGAGGUGCUAGAGCGUCGCCGGGCACAAUCACUGGCUGGUCUAAAUAUUUUGGAAGGGGUAACUAUCGGAAUUUUGGAAGCCCUUGCACAGCACUUUUAUUGUAAGAUAUAUUUGGGUUCAAAUACUAACAGUUUGAACAUGUGGAUCAUCCAAGCCGGUACCCCCGGGACUUCGCUAAUCGCUUUCUCCAGGACACGAGUUUCGACAGGCCGCUGACCCGACUGCAAAAUAUCUAUAGGGAAGAAAGAUCUCAAAGACCAGACUACCUGCUGAACUUUGCCACCAAGACAAACACGUUGGACCAUGUUGACCAUCCUGGCUGCCGGGUCUGUCUUCUUCCCAGGCCUGUUCGUGCUCUCCAAGCAAUGCCUCAAGCACAUCCCUGCACUGAGGUGGAGCGAAGGUGAUGCGGUCAUAGUGUCAGCCAGGUUGGUGUCCUCUGUUCAGGCGAUCAUGGCCUCCUCUGCUGGUUACAUCAUUGCCUCCUCCUGUGAUGACAUCAUUGAGGAUCAGCAUUGGCUCACCAGCGCCUACAUCCUCUUUGCUGUGCCCUACUUUGUGUACGACAUCUACGCCAUGUUCAUGUGCUACUGGUACAAGCUGCGCAUCAAGGGUCAUGAAGCGGAAAGCGGCGCCAAACCCCUGGGUGCGGCCCUGACCAGCUACCUGCGGCGCGAGUUCCUCAUGGUACUCCACCACGUCGUCAUGGUCACCGUGUGCUUCCCCGUCUCUGUGUUCUGGCGUCAGGGCAAGGGGGAUUACUUCCAAGGCGUCAUGUUCUUGGCAGAAGUCAGCACUCCGUGGGUCUGUCUGGGAAAAAUCCUCAUCCAGUACAAACAGCAACACACUCUCCUGCACAAAGUGAAUGGGGCUACUAUGCUGGUCACUUUUUUCAUCUGUCGAGUCCUCCUCUUCCCUUACCUCUACUACGCGUAUGGCAGGUAUGCGUCCAUUCCCCUCCACAUGGUUCCUUUCAACGUGCCCUGGCAAGUUAACCUGGGCGCAGCUAUGCUCAUGGCCCCCCAGGUCUACUGGUUCUCCCUCAUUUGCCGAGGGGCCCUGCGACUCUUCAMUGGCUCUUCCCGCUCCCGGAGGCCCCCGGUCACCGCCAAGGAUGACUUGGACGGACAGGCGCCUUCCCAGCCCGCCAAUGGGUACAGCACUCAUGCCACAGAGCAAAAGUCAGACUCUCACUGAGAAGAGGGUGAGCGGUAAGGAAGGAGUUGGGGAUAAUGUACCGAUGGGUGAGGUUGAAAGGGAAAGAAAGGUAGUGAGACUUUGAACAAGCAUGAGUUUUGAAAUGCUUCAAAUGGUACGGUCUUUGUUGCCAGAAUCUAUACUCAAUACCGAUAUUCUGCUUGUGCGAAUAAAGGAAUUGAAGGCGAGCGUUUGCACAUUGAACAGCACACAACAAAGGCAUCAGAAGCUAUUGUUCCCCCUGAUGCACGUUGAGAAUGGAGAGAGAUUAGCCUGAAAGAAGUAUAGCGAGUGAGAAGUGGAGAGCGUCCUCAUGUAGAUCAAAUUAAAUCCUGUCUGCCUAGGAGGUAAGUUAGGAAUGUAUUAUACUGGUAUGUUUAGUACAUUGCUGUAGAUAGAAAGGCCUAAUUCGGCUUAGUAACAAGAAACGACCUCGCCAAGCAGUAUUUUGACUUGUUAGUAUUUAUCUGUAUCCUCUGUACACUCUUAACAAAUGUGACCAGGGUGGAAGGGAGGUAACCUCAUAAGACUAUUAUGCUGCCUUAUCUCAAUUGUUUGUGUGUGUACUACAUUUUAUUUAUUUUAAUGUGGAAUAUUUAAUUUUUCCUUGGACUGAAAAUGUGACAAGUGUUCUUAGCUUCACGUUGAUUUGGAUUGUAGUUCUGUUUCUGAUUUCCCAUCCUGUUUUUAUUUWUUUUWWAUCCAUUUUGAUCUCCAGUAGUUCAGGUAGCAAAUGCAUGAAUCAUUUCACCUGUUGGCAGUUAAACUCUGCCGCCUUGCAACAGCGUUAUUUUAUUCAGUGUAGAGAAUGUAAUUUUGAGGAACAAAAUAAAUGGCCAAUUUUGUGGGCCUUUGGGUUUCUAUGCCCUACGUGGGUCCUUAACUUUUGAGUGAGUGGUAUUGAAGCAUAUUAGGUAAAUGAGUUAGUGCCAGUGCAACAACAAAAAAAGCAGCCCUAUUUAUUCCACAUACUGUCAUUCAUUGGCUGACGUUACACAAGAAUAUUUAAUAAAAAAAUUAAAAACAUGUUUUAUUACCACUGCUGUAAUUAGUGAAUUGCAUAAAUCGACCAGAAUAGAAUCAAUACACUGUCUUGGUAGCAUUUAGCAUAGGUUGACCUUUCUAAAGCUCUUGAAACUGCUUUAGGAGUCUGUUUCCACUUCUUCAGUUUCUUAUUUGUACUGAGCAAAUUUAAUUGAGCCACUGGUUUCAGGAGCCCUAUUCACUCAGAAAACAUAAAAUACUAGGAAAACAAACGUGGUCCAGUAACCUUGGAUGCAAGAAAGAAGAUGGGACAAUAACGUCUAGACGGCGAUAAACUAUUUCUAUGUGGUUCUUGCCAUUGGGGGAAAAAUGCAUUUCAACUGAUUUACUGUAUAUGCUUAUUUUAUUUAUUUGUGGUUUUGAAUUGAAUACGUAUUAAUGUACCGUAUAAACUUCUGAGCCUUAUGUGAAGGCUAUAUUGUUAACUCAUAGCUAAAAUAUACUCCUCUGUUCUGAACUUGUCUGGGUGUUAUAUCAAGACACUGAUUUAUAUAUAUAAAAACAAAAAAAAGAGUAAUGUUUAUUACAAGGCUACAAAACGCACAAUCAUACAAAAUUGGUAAUGGUAU